UAAGGUUGAAGAUGCUCUAAUCAAGAAGCAACUGGCUAGAUUAGAAAUUGAUUGUUUUUAUAUAGUUCAAGGAUGUAAUUGUGUGUUUCUUUAGUUGAGGAGUCUAAUUGAUUUUUUUUGGUAUACUUCCAGAUCCGAUUUGACGGUUCUCCUGAUUUUUUUUUGAGUUGGAUGAACCGUAGUGAGCAGGUUUUUUCGUGUAAUGACUUCUGCAAGUAUUUACUGAACACAAGAACAGCAAUUUGAAGCGAUAGCUAGCUUUUGUACUCCACACAAAACUCCGGUUUGACUCCAACUCAAAGAUAGCAAGAAAAGAAAUAGAGCUGUUGAGUCUAUCUUCAGCUCCCCAUUCCGCAUUUCUCCACCAGAAGUGAGUCACCGGCAAGUUUAACCCCCCAUUACCUCCAUGGCUUCACCCGCCACCACCUCCGCCAGUUUCACAGCCAACGCCGCUGCUACACACCUCCAGACUCACUGGUGUCACGGGUGCGACAUGAGCGUCCUCCUCUGUUCUUCGACUUCUUCCCCGGCGGUACGCUGCCCUCAUUGCAGCUCCGACAUCCUUGAGCAAAUGGACUCUCUCGACCCUUCUCCGCUGCCCAAUCUCGGUUCUAUCCCUAGCCUCGCUCCCUUAUUUGUCGAUCAUAGCACAGCUCUCAUCCCCUCCGACGAUAACUUCCUCCUCGACAGCCCUUCUCUCAACCGUCUCAUCCACCGUAUGGCUACCACCAACGACGCCUUCACCUCCACCAACCGCCACCACAACCCGACCUCGAAGUCCGCUUUACAAUCCCUAAAAGUCUUACAAAUCAGCGCUUCAAUUUUGGAUAAGGACCCGAUUAUAGCCUGUCCAAUUUGUAAGGACCAGUUCCUGUUAAACAUGGAAGUGAAACUGUUGCCCUGUAAACACAUGUACCAUUCCGAUUGCAUUUUGCCGUGGCUCGAGAUUAAUAACUCAUGCCCUGUAUGUCGGUUCCUGCUUCCUUCACGUGAAGAUGAGGACUUUGAGGUUGACAAUUUUCCUAGAGGAGACAAUUUUAUAGGAUCAAUGAGUCUGGAAGAAUUGAUGAAUGAUGAUGCGGAACAGUUUUUUCGUUUUCAAAGUACUAUAAGGCGUAUUGUACAUGUGAAUGAGGUCUCCACCAUGAGUGGAGGCCGGGAUGAAGUUAUUAUACAUAUUGAACGGAUGCCUCAUGCUAUGAUGGAGGGUGAUGGCGCGAGUGAAAUCUGUCUGCUUUCUCCUGCACAGAUUGGAGGUGCUGAUCUUGAGGUCGGGCUUGCUAGGGGGGCUGCCAGCCUGGAGACCGUUUCAAGUUUUCCUUGCUCACCUGGAGGUGAUGCCUAUGAAGGUGGAGUUGAUUUUAGUAGUAGUACAAGUAGUAGGUUGGAUGAAGGAGAUCCUGUACUGAGGUCUUGAAGUGAAUCCACCAAGAAGGUGCACUUCCUUUUCAGAAAAUAAAGACAAGAAGAAAAGUGUUGCAUUCGUUGCAUUUUUGGAUCCUGGCUCAUGAGGAACAUUAUAUCAUCGCUGUUUUUGAAAAAAAAGCUGGUGCUUUUCCUUUUGUUCAAUUUAGUGCUUGGAUGGCCAGAGACACCUAGACACUUGAAUACUCCUUUAGGUUUCUACUCUGGUCUAGUUUCUUUCAUUCUUUGAAUUGGUGAAUAUGAUGUUGAAGACUGAAGUUACCAUGCAUUUGGAGAGCUUGUCUUUUUUUUGAGCUAGUUUGGUGUCCCACUUAGAUACAGCGAGAGCAUCUUUUUUUUUUUACUUUUAAAAUAUGUGCCUUCCUGUAUGAGUGUUAUACUGUUUUCAUAAACCGACAUAUAGAAGCCGGGUUGGCCUUUUAUCAUCAUCAUAUGCGUGAUACUCUUCAGGAUUGGUCAUGUGCUGUCAGGAACUUCUCCAUCUGUCUUGUAUUGGUUCAAAUAGUUGUUUUUGACUCUUUGGAGUAGAUAUAAUUGAAUGGCAGUUAAAUGCUUAGUAUGCUAUAGGAUUUCACUUUUUGAAUCUGCACAGUCCAAAGAGCUCUUAAUUCUUUAAAAGUUGUCAGCUUGGCUUCAGUUGCCGUUCAUAGCUCCUGUCACUCACUACUUGUGGACCACUUUUCAGUUAUCUGUAAUUCUUAAAAACACAUUUGGGUUACUUUCUAAAUAACUUUUACUUUAUCAACCUUGCAUUUCAAGAACUGAUUCCGGACCCAGCUUCCAUAAUCACAUUUCUUUUUCAAAACAAAUUUUUUACAAAUAUACUUUUCAAUUAACUGAUUUAUGUCCUACUGAUAUCCAAACACACUUAGAGAUCUUUGGUAACACUGAAAUUGGCUGAAUCCCAAAUUUAUGAAAUUCGUGUUGAAAUGGCUGAAUCGACUGAAUUUGAAGAAUUAUAAAAAAAUAUAUUUAAAAUAUAUUUUAUUAAUAAAAUAAAGAAAAAAGUAUAUGAAAAUAGCUAAAAUGUUCGUCUAACUUCAGCUAAUUCAGCCAGAAAAACAUUAAACAAAAGGAAGAUGUUCUUCAGGCUUAUGUAUGAAAAGAUGCCUAUGUUCUGUGGAGUGUGUGGACUGGUGGGACAUGUCACUAAGGAACACGGUGAUGGAGUGCACCCGCCGGAGGCGAUAAUCUAUUCAGAGAUAUUGAUAGCUCCGGAGUUCAGAAGGAGAGGUUUCUGGACGCCAGGAGGGGAAGACGGAAGGCGUAAGAAGGAGCCUGGGAGAAGGGGUUCUGGCCUCUCUCAACAUGGCUCGGAGGAAUAUGAUGAGGAUGAGGAAGACCUUAAGAAGAACCACAGGGGAUCAACCCCUUUGAGUAAGAGGCGUCUAACCCUUGAGCAGUGUGAUAUAGAACCUGAUGGGGAGGAAGGGUCUGGCACAAGGUAGUCAAAGGCGUUGGGCGCACUCAAGGCGACAGGGUUAGCCUAGCGCCUGAGGCGCAAGGCGCAAAAAAGCGCUCGCUUGACUCGUGUCAGGCGCACUACUUAGAAAAAAUAACACAUACUAUUCUCCAACAAUCAAACAUGAUGUACCAGUUCACGAUAUUGAAGGAAAUACAUUAAGAAGUCAUGUUUCUUACAAAUAAAGUUAUGCUUCACCAAAAUAAAGUCACGAUUGACCAAAAUGAUAGAGACCCAUCUAAUCCGAAGACUGGUGAUCAAUAUUUUGGAAGAGUGUACUCGAGAAGGAGGAAAUAAGCUGCGAGUCUUGGGUUCUUUUCUUUUUGUUAUUAAAUGAAUAACCACUUUCUGUUUUAAGCAUACUAUAAAUAGAAGUAAGGCUGGGGGGGGAGUAGGCAGGCUGUAUGACAGAAGUUGUCUUGACGGGGAAGUUAGAGAUAUUUUGUCUCUUUCUUUUGGGGGCUCCGGCCUUGGUUGCUUGUUCAUUUCAAUACCAUUAUUGCUUAUUUUCUCUUAAUUCUCUUAUAUCUUGUCUGUGAUCUGGUUGGGUUCUAUCACAAAAUAAAGGCAUGAUUAAGUGAUUAGGCAAAAUAAAGUCAUGACUCAUGAUUCACUUAAAGUCUUGAACACUAAAACUAGAAAAAACAUAAUUUAAGCAUACUAACUGUAAAAAAUACCAAAACAUGCAUUGAAAUAAGUUUUAGACUUGUAGUAUUAAACUGCUGUAAUUGAUGAGUAUAUUUACAUGUAUUAAAACAUGCAUAUUAAACAUACAUACUAAAACAUGCAUUAAAACAUACCAACUUAAAAAAUACUAAAACAUGCAUUGAAAUAAGUUUUAGUAUUAAACUGCUGUAAUUGAUAAGUAUAUUUACAUGUAUUAAAACAUGCAUAUUAAACAUGCAUACUAAAAUAUGCAUUAAAACAUACUAACUGUAAAAAAUACUAAAACAAGUUUACAAGAAGCAUAUUAAACUGUUUACAAGAAGCAGUUUACAAGAAGUAUAUUUUUUCAUGUUUCCAAGAACAAGAAGUUCACUGGCUAACAGAAUAGACUGAACGAGAAGCAUAUUAAACAUGCUGAAACAUAAACUUAAGCAUAUGUAUUUUUUCACAUGUAUAUUUAUACAUAGUAUAUUUUUAAACUUAAGCAUAUGCAUACAGAGUAGACUAGUAUAUUUUUUCACAUGUAUUUUUAUACAUGUUUAAGAGACAUGGAGUAGAAGAAGGGUACUUUACACUUUAAACAUACAAUACACAAAAAACAUACUGGUAGUAUGUAAGAACACGUAAAGUAGAGCAGAGCUGAGCAGGAGGAUGUUUAAGUUAUGUCUUUAGCGUAGGUUAAGUUGUUUUGACCUAAUUUAGGUGGGCUUUGAUAAAAAUAUGGGCUUCUUAAUGUUUUUCUUUCAGCGCACAUGUGAAAGUUACUGAAAUUAACGGAAAUCCCUCUCAGGCGCCUUAUGCGAGCGCUUAAUAGCGCUACUGCGCUUCUGCGCUUAUUGCGCCCAACCUGCGCUUGAGAGGGGAAGGUGCGACUGGCGAUGUUUAGGGCGCUGGAGGCCUACGGCGCUGCGCCUGGUGCGCUUAAGCGCUCAGGCACACGACUUUGACAACCUUGGUACUCUGGCAACACCCAGAUUUCUAGAACCUCCUGGCUCGGCCCUGAAUGGAGCGGUUUUAGAGGCUGAUGUCAACAUGAAGGAGGGAGGGGAAGAUGAGGAGAAUGUAGAUGAUUUUGCUGCUAGCAGGGACAUGAAGAGGCAGAAAAUGGUGGAAAACAUUCAACUAAACCAAAAUGACUUGGCAACAUCGGCGGGCUCCGUUGAGGAGCUCCGCCGGGCCUAAUGUAUACUCUAUGUUGGAACUGCCGGGGACUUGGGCAACCCCGGACAGUUCAGGAGGUGGUCUGCCUUGUGCAGAAACAUAAGCCUAAGAUCGUUUUUCUGUCUGAAACUAGACAGGAAUGCGAGUAUGUUCGAAGAUUAAGAUGGCGGAUAGGGUUGAAACACUGUCUCACAGUUAAAGGAGAUGGCAAAGGUGGAGGUUUGGGGCUUUUCUGGGAUGAAAGCCUUGUGGUGGAGCUUCUCUCUUUCGGGAGGCAUCAUAUUGAUGUGCUUGUUCGGGAAGGACCCAAUGGGGUCCAAUGGCGGGGAGCUUUUGUGUACGGCGAACCUAGGGUGCAGUUUAGAUACCUUAUGUGGACUUUAUUACGUCGGAUUAAGCCACACUCAAAUGCCCCAUGGCUGAUGAUAGGCGAUUUUAAUGAAGCAAUGUGGCAAGGUGAACAUUACUCACACACUAAGUGACCGGAGAACUAGAUGAUGGAUUUCAGAGAGGUAUUAUCCCGUUGUGAUCUCUUUGACAUUGGCUUUCUUGGGCUACCUUGGACUUAUGAUAAUAAACAACGGAGUGGUCGAAAUGUUAAAGUCCGGUUGGAUAGGGGAGUGGCAAAUCCGGCAUGAAUGACCUUGUUUCCGGAUGCGCAAGUCCGACACUUGGUUUAUCCAAGAUCAGAUCACUGCCCCUUACUUCUACAGGUGCAGCUGCCUCAACCAAGAAGGCCGGGGAGCAAUGUCAGACGGUAUGAGUUUUUUUGGGAAAGAGAGGAGGACCUAUUCCAGGAGGUUAAGGAGACUUGGGAGCGUGCCCGACCGGUGGGAAGUCUGGGUGAUUUUGCGGGUAACCUGAAAUCUAUGAUGGGCUCGCUGCAUGGUUGGGGCCGUAGGCGUAUCGGGAAUGUUACUGAGGAACUGGAAUGUAGAAAUAACUUGAGAAAGUAAAAUGUAUUUUAUUUCUCUUAUUCUGUGUAAUACAAUGAGAUGAAUACAGAAUAUAUAUAGCUAGAGAAAAGUGGAAUAAGGAAGGAAUCCUCCUAAUUAAGAUUCCCUAAUAAAGACAAGAUAAUUGAGGAUAUUUAGAGAUUCUGAGAUCUCUAAGAUAUCUCCUCAUAAAUGCUAAAUCGGAUGAGUAAUUAUCUGUAAUAAUCUACACUCCCCCUCAAGCUGGGUGAUGGAUAUCAUCCAUGCACAACUUGCUAGAUAAGUCUUCAAACUGAAUUCUGGGAAGUGCUUAACAAUAAUGUCUGGUUGGAACAUAGUUCAGCUGGAUAUCCUUUGCUGCAAUCUUCUCUGAUAAGAACCUUCUGUCUAUAUCAAUGUGUUUGGCCCUGUCAUGAUAAACAGGAUUCUUAGCAAUACUGAUAGUAGUCUGGUUGUCACAUGAGAUCUGGAUGGAGCUUUCAAAUGGGAGUUUGAGCUCAUUCAUCAAUCUUCUUAACCACAAUCCUUCACAGACUCCUUGUGUUAAAGCUCUGAGCUCAGAUUCCGCACUACUUCUAGAAACCACCGAUUGUUUUUUGCUCCUCCAGGUGACUAAAUUACCCCAUACAUAGGUACAGUAACCAGUAGUUGACCUUCUGUCUAAGAGGCUUCGAGCCCAGUCAGCAUCUGUAAACACUUCAAUCUUCCUUGUCCUUUGUUUCUGAAACAACAAUCCUUUUCCAGGAGUCAUUUUUAGGUACCUCAGAAUUCUAUACACUGCAGUUAGGUGUUCCUCGGUUGGGUCAUUCAUGAAUUGACUUACCACACUUACUGAGAAAGCAAUGUCUGGCCGUGUGUGAGAUAUGUAGAUUAGCUUCCCUACCAGCCUUUGAUAUCUACCCUUAUCAACUUGUGGACUUUCAGUCUCACUGCCUAACUUCUUUGACAUAUCCAUAGGAGUGUCCAUAGGCUUGCACCCAAGCAUUCCAGUUUCACUUAGCAAGUCUAGAACAUAUUUCCUUUGUGAAAUGAAAAUGCCCUUCUUAGAUCUUGCCACUUCCAUUCCCAGGAAGUACUUCAACUCACCUAGCUCGUUGAUCUCAAAUUCUUUUGCUAGAUGAGCCUUCAAUCUGUCCAAUUCAGCCUUAUAAUCCCCAGUCAUAAUAAUAUCAUCAACAUAUACUAUAAGAAUAGCCAAUUUUCCAGAGUCUGCUCUCUUUACAAACAGUGUAUGGUCUGCCUGACAUUGCAUGAACCCUUGUUUAAUAACUGAUCUUGUGAACCUAUCAAACCAUGCUCUAGGAGACUGCUUUAGUCCAUACAAGGACUUUUUCAGUCUGCAAACCUGACCAGAUUUCCCCAAGUCUUCUAAUCCAGGUGGUACAUCCAUGAAUACUUCCUCUUCUAGGUCUCCAUUAAGAAAUGCAUUCUUAACAUCUAGUUGAUGUAAUGGCCAGUCUAGGUUCACUGCGAGUGAUAACUUUGCCACUGGUGCAAAUGUCUCUGAAUAAUCAAUGCCAUAAGCUUGGGUGAACCCCUUAGCAACCAGCCUUGCCUUCAGCCUUUCAAUCUUUCCAUCAGCCUGAUAUUUAACUGUAAAUACCCACUUGCAGCCAACAGUUCUCUUCCCUGCUGGCAAAUCUGUAAGCACCCAAGUUCCAUUCUUCUUCAAUGCUGCUAAUUCAUCAUGGACAGCCUUCCUCCACCCUGGAUGUUCAAGGGCUUCCUUGAUGUUGUUAGGAACCUGAAUACUAUCAAUCUUUGAAAUAAAAGUUUGAUAGUUUGCUGAUAGUUUCUUAUAACAAGCAAAAUUAUAGAUAGGAUGUUUGGUACACUCCCUUACUCCCUUUCUGAUAGCAAUAGGCAAGUCUGAUUCGUCAUCAUCUCCUUCUAUAGCCUCAACCUCUUUGUCAUCAGGACUCAAAUUUGAGUCAGAUGAUUGGGUGGUGUUAAUUGGAGUGAUGUGCUCUUCUUCUGGAACUCUGGUUCUAGGUUUCCGCUUAUAGGUAUUCUUGUAGAAUGGGGAAUUUUGAUUUAGUGUAGGAUUUUGGGGUAAUGAUUGGGGUGAUGAAGUUGGUGGCUGAAAUGGUGUGGUUGGUGGAGAGACUGUAUUGUCUGGAGGGUUUGUGAUAGAUCACAGGUAAUAUAACAGCAAACAAUAUAGAUCGAUGAGAAAUAUGGAGUAAUGAUCGAAGGUGUUUAUUGAUAUCGAGCUAAACGCAAUACGUAUACAAAAGCUAGGACUGUUCGAGAAGCCUACUCUCCUAAGCCAAAAUGCCAAUUCAAUCACAGCCUGCCUCAUUAGUUAAUUUUCCCAACUAUUUAUAGCCCAUAACCCUCUUCCUUCUAUUAAAAUCACAGGCCCACUUAUUAAUAUCUAUAAUAGGCCCACUUAUUAAUAAUUCCUAUCAUUACUCCCCCCCUAAACAACCACCUUGUCCUCAAGGUGGGUGAUAGGAGUCAGCCUUGAUUAUCAACUUCAUCUUCAUCCGAGCCCCUCUCCCUACCCAGUACCACAAAGCAUUCUGGAUCUUUAGCUUCAGCACUUGGGCCAUCCUCUUGACCUCUACCACCGCCAGAAUGAGCAGGUGUACUGACACUGUUGGGUCCUUCCCAACCUCCUGUUUAGAUUGCCAAUGAAGAGAGCUAUGGUUCCCGGUUAUUUGCUGCAUAAUUUCACUAUGAAUGUUCAGUUCACCCCACCAAUUUCUAGCAGCUGUGAUUCCCUUCUCACUUCCUUGUUUUAAAAGUAGAUCCACGAGGUGCCCUAUCUGUGAGAUAGCAAUCACAACCGUCUGAAACGUAGAAUCCAGUUCUAUAUCGAGUCCACCCAACUGAUAUACAAAAUCAAACUCAUUUGCCCAACUCAAUCCAGAACUUGAUAUUUCAGCAGCUGUUAUCUUUGGUAUGGAACCAGAAUUCCUACCUUCAAUGUAAAACUUCCACAGUUGGUAAGUUCCGAACCCAGUUCUCAAGAUUUUCUUCCCCAUCCUUCCUGCACUUUCCUUUACUAUCACCCCCAACCUGGCAUCAGAUUGCGUGAACCUGGAUUCUUCAAUUGCAAUAUAUUUUGGAUCAUCUUGCACCCCUGAUUUUGCCAAAGCCCCCAGAAUUAUUACAAUGUUGUCCACCUCCAGAACUUUAUCCUGACUUCCAGCACAAGCAACACUCUUUACCUGCACAGUUUGCCCUUCAUAAAACAUACAAUAACCAUCACCAGUGUCCUGCACCACCUGCACCACCGGAGUCAUGUUUUUCAAUGAUAUCUCCAUGGAGCCCAAGUGUGGGUCCCCUUGAAUCUGCUGAUCUAACCCCUGGAUCUUCCAUUUUAUACUUUGUUUCCGAAAGUUUAUUUCCACAUCACCCAAAGUGGUCAGCCACUCCAUUCCCAGAACCAAGUCAGUUUCUUCCAAAGUCAGAAAGUAAAAGUUUUGUUUUAUGAUUGAACCCUGCAUACAUAAAGUCAAAUCUUCACAUCUUCCAUCAUUAGAUAGCUUUUCUCCAUUACCAACCUGCACUUUGUAUCCUGAAAUGGUUUUAAAAGGCAGCUCCAAUUCAUCCACCAGUUUCUUAGAAAUGAAGUUGUGAGUGGCCCCACUAUCAAUCAGCACUUCCACUGGUUUUACCCCUCUAUCCCACUUCAUAAUUCCUUUAAUUUUGAAGGCUCUCAUGGUAGGUAUCCCCUCCUUACUCAUGGGUGACAAUUGCAUGGAUUUGGACUCCAUUACAAUUUCUUCUUCUGUCAUUUCAGGAUCUAUCCUUUCAGAUUCCUCCUCAGCAUCUGAAUCUUCUACAAGCAUCAUUUUAUAAUGCUUCAGUUUGCAGGUAUGCUCUUUAUUCCACUUCUCUCCACACUUAAAGCAAAGCCCCUUCCUACUUCUCUCUUGGUAUUCAUCCUGUGAUAGCUGAGGUCCAACCCUUUUUAUCCCUGAAGAAUGAAUUUCAGUCUCCUUAUUCCCUGCUGAGUUAAACCAAGUCUGGUUAGUUUUGUUCUGAUUUUGAACCCCUGAACUACCAGCUCUUGUUCUGAAACCUUCUCCCCACCUGGGAGGUUUAGCAUAAACUGACUCUUUAUCCCUUCCACCCAAUCUCUCAUCCUCCUGUCUCUUAACAGAUACUGCUUCAUUCCUCUUCUCAACCAGUAAAGCCAUAUCCAUUACUUCAGCUAGUGACCUGGAUUGAUGCAGUUUCAAUUCGGCUUUGACUUCUGGCUUUAAUCCAGCGAGAAAUACCCCCCUUAGUAUUUCUCGGUCAACAUUCUUCUGUGGAGCAAUGAUCAUCUCAAAUUCAUCCCUGUAUGCUUCAACUGUUCCAGUCUGCUUCAAACUCAACAUCGGUCCGUAUGGAUUCUGUAACAAGUCAGGUUGGAAUCUACGAAUAAUAGAUUCCUUAAGUGAUUCCCAGUUCUUCUCUUCGGUCUGAAGUUCCCACCACUGGAACCAGUUCAGAGCCCUGUCUUCCAUAGCCACUACCGAGACUUCCAACUUAUCCUCCUCAGCAAUAUAAUUCAGUCUAAAGUACCUCUCCAUCCUUACUAGCCAAUUAUAAGCCCCAUCACCAUUGAACAAUGGUAAAUCCACCUUACGACCCGUAUGAACUGGGAAUCUAUUAUACUCAUCAUGUCGUCUGUGAAUAGCAGGGUUCGAAUGAGCCGAGUUACCUCUUGAGACCGCUGGACUGGGCGAUGGACGCGAGUGAUGACUAUGGUGAGAUCGCGAUCUCCCUCGGUGAUGGUGGUCCUCGCUCAUCGUGUCGAUCCUUCCUGACAUGUUCUGCAUCAUCGUUUCCAUCCGCAACAGUGCUUCCUCCAUGAUAGUUCGACUGCGUUCAACUGCUUCCAGUCGUUGCUCCAUUUUUCCUCUUGUUCGAACCAUUCACUAUCCGAACGAUGAAAUUGGGCAAAUACGGUGAUGUCGCUACUGCCAACGAUCACCGCCCCACUGCUCUGAUACCAAUGAUAGAUCACAGGUAAUAUAACAGCAAACAAUAUAGAUCGAUGAGAAAUAUGGAGUAAUGAUCGAAGGUGUUUAUUGAUAUUGAGCUAAACGCAAUACGUAUACAAAAGCUAGGACUGUUCGAGAAGCCUACUCUCCUAAGCCAAAAUGCCAAUUCAAUCACAGCCUGCCUCAUUAGUUAAUUUUCCCAACUAUUUAUAGCCCAUAACCCUCUUCCUUCUAUUAAAAUCACAGGCCCACUUAUUAAUAUCUAUAAUAGGCCCACUUAUUAAUAAUUCCUAUCAGUUUGAUUCAGGUCUGUCUGGGAGUAUAGAUUCAGUGUGGUUAGAUUCAGAUUCUUGGAGGUCUGGAAUAGUGUCUGAAAUAUGAUUCAAAGACUGGAUUUCAUUGUGGUUCUCCCCCUGAAAUUCAGUUUUGGAAUAGAAAGGCUGAUUUUCAAAAAAGGUUACAUCCAUUGUGAUGUAGACCUUUUUGGUGGCAGGAGAAUAACAUUUAUAUCCUUUCUGGUUGGCAGCAUAUCCUAUGAAUAUACAAGGUAAGGAUGUAGGAUCCAAUUUUGACCUAACUGGAGAAUGGUUGUGAACAAAUGCUUUGCAACCAAAGACCUUUGGUGGAAGAUUGGUAAUAGGGAUGUGAGGAUGUAGAUAAGAUAGGAUUUGGUAUGGUGUUUUAAAUUUGUGAGUUUUGGAGGGCAUCCUAUUUAUCAGGUAAGCUGCAGUUAGGACAGCCUCUCCCCAGUAGUGUUUAGGAGUGUGAGUGGUGAACAUAAGGGCUCUAGCAACUUCCAGUAAGUGUCUAUUCUUCCUUUCUGCCACCCCGUUCUGUUGUGGGGUGUCAACACAGGAGCUAAUGUGUAUAAUCCCCUUUUUUGACAGAAACUCUCCUAAAUUGGAUGAGAAAUAUUCUUUGACAUUAUCAGUUUUAAAAACCUGAAUCUUGGUUUGAAACUGAUUUGUGAUCAUAGAAUAGAAUUUUUGAAAGAUAAUAUUGACUUCUGACUUAUCUUUCAUGAGGAAGACCCAGGAUAGACGUGUAUGAUCAUCAAUAAACAGAACAAACCACCUUGAGCCAGUGAGAUUUUUGACCUUAGAUGGGCCCCAAACAUCACUGUGGAUGAGUGAAAAAGGUUUAGAUGGUUUGUAAGGUAGACUGGGAUAGUGACUUUUAGUAUGUUUAGCAAGUUGACAAAAUUCACAAUCAAAGGCAGAACUUUUAUUUAUGAAUAAUGAAGGAAAUAUUUUUUCUAAGUACAAGACAUUAGAAUGACCAAGACGAUAAUGCCAUAACUGAAUUUGAGUAUCAAAUUGACUCCUACUAAGACUCCCUAAGAACUUAUGGUUGAAUUGACUCUCACUGGAAGUUGUCUUGUUGGUGGAGUUGGGUGAAUGUUCCAGAAGAUAGAGUCCACCACUUUGCUUAGCACUGCCAAUCAUCCUUCCCGAAUCCAAAUCCUGAAAUUCACACAAUUGUGAAGAGAAUUUAGUUAGGCAAUGUGUAUCACUAUUCAGUUUACUGACUGAUAAGAGGUUAAACUUUAAAUCUGGAACAUAUAACACAUUGUUAAGCACUAUCUUGUCAGAAAUUUUGACUCUUCCAGUCCCUUUUAUUGCUGAAGUAGUUCCAUCAGCAAUCUUCACAAUUACCUUAUUCUUCAUAGGGAUCAAUUCAGCAAAAAACUUACUGUCUCCAGUCAUGUGAUCUGAUGCCCCUGAAUCAACAAUCCAAUAGGGCUGAUUGUGUGCAACUAGGGUUGUUAGGGCAUUACCUGUCUGAGCAGUAAGGCUAGUUGAUGGUGCAUGCCCCUUGCUCUGACUUAUUAGAUGUUGAAGAACCUCAAUCUGCUCAUGGGUAAAUGCAGCAAGAUUAGAAGUGCCCAUAUCUUCUUUAUCUUCAGUAGCUACAUAGGCUCCUUUCCCUUUGCUUGGUUUGAAAUCUUUAGGUUUACCAUGCAAAUUCCAGCAUGUUUCUUUGGUAUGGCCUGGUUUCUUACAGUGAUCACACCAUGGCCUCCCUUUUUUCUUGUUUUCAUUCUGUCUGGAAGAGGUAUACAAGGCUGACCCUUCAAUAUUUUGUUGUUGGCCUUGAGAUUUCAGACCCAUCAUUACCUUCCUUCUGCUUUCUUCUCUUCUGACUUCUGAGAAGGCUUCUCUAAGGGUGAGUUUCUUUCCCAUUAUUCUGCCCCUAACCUCAUCUAGACUCUUGUCUAAACCUGACAGGAAUUUGAAGACUCUCUUCCUUUCACAGAUCUCCUGAUAUAACUUCUUAUCCUUAGAACAUGACCAAUUGUAUGUCUCAAACACAUCAAGAUGCUGCCAGAGUCUCACAAGGUUGUUGAAGUAUUGAGUUACACUCUAUUCUCCCUGCUGAAGGUUAUAUAACAUUGAUUCAACCUCAAAUAAUUCAGAAGUGUUAUCUGAAGUUGAGUAUGUUUCUUUCACAGCCUCCCAGAUCUCUUGAGCUGUUUUGUAUAGUAGGAAAUUUUCUCCUAUACUGGUUGUCAUGGAAUUGAUGAGCCAUGACAUCACAGUAUAAUUCUCCUUUUUCCACUUCUUGUAGCCUGGAUCUCCUUGAUCUGGAGCAGGUGCAUCACCUGUCAGAUAAUCCUCCUUGUCUUUUCCACACACAUACAUCAUAACGGACUGAGACCAUUGUAGAUAAUUACUACCAUUAAGUUUAUGGCAAGUAAUAAUCGAAUCUGACUGAUUAGGAGUGGUGACUGUGCUUCCAUUGAUAUUCUGGUUGGUGCCAUCUCCAGUUGGGACAACCUCUGAAUGUUCAGAGGUGACUGGGAUAGAUCCAUCUCUCUCGGUGGUCAUCCCAUAGGAUCCGAACUUAAUCAUUUUAGAGAAUAACCACGCUCUGAUACCAUGUAGAAAUAACUUGAGAAAUUAAAAUGUAUUUUAUAUCUCUUAUUCUGUGUAAUACAAUGAGAUGAAUACAGAAUAUAUAUAGCUAGAGAAAAGUGGAAUAAGGAAGGAAUCCUCCUAAUUAAGAUUCCCUAAUAAAGACAAGAUAAUUGAGGAUAUUUAGAGAUUCUGAGAUCUCUAAGAUAUCUCCUCAUAAAUGCUAAAUAGGAUGAGUAAUUAUCUGUAAUAAUCUACAUGGAAAAACGAAGAGCUCGACUGGAAGUUCUUCUCACUGAUCAAUCUGAACAAGCUGCAGAAGAGAGAAUGAUAAUUGGACGGGAAAUGGAUGAACUUCUCUACAAGGAGGAGAUGAUGUGGUUCCAAUGCUCUCGCAUUGCGUGGAUGCGUGAAGGGGAUCGGAAUACCAAGUAUUUUCAUCGUAAAGCUGCAUGGCGCUCCAAGAAGAAUAGGAUCCAGCGUCUUAGAGGCACAGAUGGUGUUUGGUUGGACAAAAAGGAGGAUAUGGAGGAUCUCGUAAGCAAAACUUGUUAGAAAAUUGAUGUAACGUACCUCGAAAGUACAACAACGGAAGUUUAAAAUUUUCCCAAACAUAUCUUCCCUUAUUAUGACAAAACAAUGAAUAUAGCAAUAAUAACAGAUCUGAGUAAGAACUUACAGAUCUUCCAGCCUAGCGGUGAUAAUCCUUGACCUUAGGUAUCAACGUGAUUUCUCCUCUCUGAAAGAACAGUUAGAUCUCCCUUAGAGAAAUGUUAGGAAAUCUAUUCGUAGGGAAAUAAAUUUGUAAUACUGAAUCUAUAAAACUUGUCUAUCAAUUAUGAAGGAGGAUGAUGUAUUUAUAUUAGUUCUAAACUAGUUCCCCAAUCACAAUGAAAGUCUUUCUAAUUAAUGAGUUCUAAUCCUGCUAGGACCAAUACUCCUAAUUAAUUAAAUAAGUAGAUAAAACAAAACAAAAUAAUAAUAAUAAUAAUAAUAAUAAUUGAGAUGUUGUUGCACGCCACUUUCUAAUUAUUAUAUAUUAUUAUUUAUUUUAUUUACUUUUCUUUUUAAUUCCAAAUUACAAAAGAAAAUAUCUACUUUAUUUAAUAAUAAAUACAUCUUAUUUAAGUAUGAUAAAUCUAAUUUAUCUUAAUUAAUUAAUUCUAUCAAAUAGAACUCUCCUUCACCUUCAUGAAUUAAAUAUGUCUAAUCUAAUUAAUAUUUAAUCCAUUUUCAGUAUUACGAAUUAAAUAUUAUUUAAUCCAAUUAAUAAUAUUUCAUUCCUUCUAACAAUUCAAUCGGAAGGUAUAAUCACUUGUUGUGUGACCCAUACGGCCUUAUAUAUUAAACACUAAUCAAAUUAAGGUCUUAGUAGAAUCCCUAGACGAUUUACCAGACAAACUUAAUAUAUAAGGACGUUUGUGAGGACUAUUCAAACUCCCUGUAAUAUAGAGCUCAUGGUGAUACGGUCCUUUCAGUCACCGAACAUUCAACUAAGUCUAGAACAUGAUAUUGUGUCUAUUCUAAUAACUUAGUCUCUGUCUCUCAAUCUUUCUAGAUGAUCCAUAACGAUCAUAUUCGAUAUCCAAAACGAAUAUAUCUUUGCAUUGGCCAAUGACUUUAUGAUCCAUCUAGAUAUGAGAAGUAUAAUGUUCUCUCUUAAUCUAUUACGUGGAAUGAAUCCUUUCUUGGCUCAACUACUACUCCAUGUGCUUCGUGAUGCACCCAACACAUGCCGUAUCUACCCCGAUUGGAGUGCAAGCGUUGGUCAUGGUCGAAGUACAUCACUCCGCACAUGUAGUACGUAUUGACCUCAAGUCGGAGGACUAUUACACUACUCUAUACGCCGAUAAUCCCAUAGACACAUGAAUAGAACUUAUCAAAUGGUUUCUCGGUGGGUAUGCCAAUAUUCUCUAAAAUAUCUAUGUGACCAUCAUGAAAUACAGGAACUCAUAGUUGUGAGAUCAACUAUACUUUCUAAAAGUAUGAUGCAGUCCACAUACCAAUCUUAUCGCAUAUCAUCAAUAUCCCGUUCUUGAUGAUCAUUGAUUGGGGCUAUUUUAGGACCUUAUGUUAUAUCAUAUAAGCUCCCACUUACUUAUUGACAACAUAAGUCCAAGGGAAACACAAUUAUGAUAAGAUAUUGACAAUCAAAAUACUUAAUCAAUGUGUAAUACCAUAUAUAUCAAAUAUAUAAAACUUAAUGUGAUCAAGUACAUAUAUCUCUAAAAAGUGAUUGUCGCUAAGACAUAUACACUAACAAAGCUUUCAUAAACUUAUACACAAAGGACCUGGCUGUUGAUCCAGAACCAUUAAUUCAAAUUUUGGAACCCGUAAUUUCGGAUGGCAUGAAUGCACAAUUAUGCGAAGGUUUUACAGAGAAAGAGAUUAGUGAUGCUCUAUUUCAAAUUGGCCCAUUAAAAGCUCCAAGGCCAGACGGUUUCCCAGCUCGCUUUUUCCAGAGGCAUUGGGAGGUGCUUCGAGAAGAUACAAUCAAAGUAGUUCGUAUGUUUUUCACAGAAGGAAUUAUGGAUAAGGCGAUUAACGAUACUUCUAUUGUGUUAAUCCCAAAAAUUAAUGAUCCAGAAAAUGUUAAAGAUUUUCUGCCUAUCAGUCUUUGUAAUGUGAUUUAUAAAGUCAUUUCAAAGUGCCUUGUCAACCGACUAAGACCAUUAUUAGAGCAUAUCAUCAGCCCUACUCAAAGUGCCUUUAUCAUGGGACGUUUGAUCACAGAUAACGUGUUAAUUGCGUUUGAGUGUAUCCAUGCUAUGCAGAAGAGUGUAGGCAAACAUGGAGAUUUUUGUGCUUAUAAGUUGGACAUUGCUAAAGCAUACGAUCGGGUUGAUUGGGGAGCCUUAGAGGCAAUUUUGCAUAAACUGGGCUUUCAUCAAAGGUGGAUUAACUGGAUUAUGACGUGUGUUACCACAGUGCGUUAUUCUAUUCCCCUCAACGGAGAGCAACUCCAGGAAUUUUCUCCGUCGCGUGGCUUCCGCCAAGGAGAUCCUCUCUCCCCGUAUUUGUUUCUUUUUGUUGCUGAUGGUCUCUCGUGUAUAUUAAAUAAGGAAAUUCAGUGAGGUAAACUAAAGGAGAUGGUUAUCUGCCGUGGAGCACCGGGACUGUCACACUUACUAUUUGCAGAUGAUAGUCUCCUAUUUUUGAAGGCUACUCGAGACCAGGCAUCAGUUGUGAAAGAUGCUUUGAGAAGGUAUGAGAGUAGUACGGGCCAGCUCUUGAGUUUAAAUAAAUGUUCUGUUUUGUUUGGAAGAUCCUGCAGUGCAGAGAACCCAAGAGGUGGUGAAGAGCAUCCUUCGUGUGGAAAAAGCGGGUUUCGAGGAGAAAUACCUUGGGCUCCCUAUGCCAAAUGGAAGAAUGAAAAAUGAGAGGUUCCAAACUCUUAAAGAUAAAUUUAACAAGCGGUUAAAUGGCUGGGCGGAAAAAUACCUUUCUGCAGGGGGAAGGAGGUCUUAAUCAAGUCGGUUAUGCAAGCACUCCCCACCUAUUCUAUGGGAAUUUUCAAACUCUCAGCUGGCCUGUGUGAGGAGCUUAUGCAACUGAUUCGGAAUUUCUGGUGGGGGGAUGAGUUGAAUGAAAGAAAGGUUCACUGGAUUUCUUGGGAGAAACUUGCAGCUCCAAAAGGUUUCGGUGGAAUGGGCUUUCGUGAUUUAUAAGCCUUCAACCAAGCUCUAUUGGCUAGGCAAGCAUGGCGACUCCUGCAGUUUCCUCAGAGUCUGUGUGCACGGGUGUUAAGGCAAAGUAUUUCCCUGGAGGCCAACUUCAUGACACUGUUUUCUCAAGUGGAGGCUCACUAUCCUGGCAAGGCAUUCUUCAUGGCCUUGAGCUUCUAAAAAAAGGAGUUAUUUGGCAUAUUGGAUCCAGAGCUGCAAUGGAUAUUUGGCGGGACAAUUGGAUACCACGGGAUAAUGCUCUAAAAAUCAAGGGGAAAAGGAGGUUCACUAGGUGUAGAAGAGUGAGUGACCUCAUAAUUCCGGGUGGGGGGGCUGGAACGAGAAUCUCAUUAAGGAUAUUUUUUGGCCUUGGGAUGCAGAGGAAAUUUUAAAGAUAAGACUGCCAGUAACUACAAGGGAGGACUUUUUAGCAUGGCAUUUUGACAAACUUGGUAUGUUUAUUGUCAAGAGUGCAUAUCUCCUUGCUAUAUCAAGUAGACUCCAGUCUCAAAGCACGGGGGAAAGCAGCGGGACCGGCAAUGGGGAAAGGAGCAUUUGGAAAAUUUUGUGGGACAUCAAAGUGCCUCAAAAGAUACGAAUCUUUGGAUGGCGUUUAGCCCGUGAAGCUUUAGUAACACAAUUAAAUCGGUUACGGAGGAAACUUACGCCUAAUGGUAUUUGCUCAAUUUGUGGUCACAGCGAGGAAGAUGCUUCCCAUGCUGUUGUGGAAUGCACAAAAGCUAAAGCUCUUCGGGACAUUUUGAGAAGUUUCUGGCAGCUACCUCCGGAGAAGCAUUUCAGGAGAACUGGCCCAGAAUUGUUUCUAAAUCUUUUGAUUGGGGUUGAUAGAGAGAUGCGCUCAAGUAUCCUGAUGAUGUUCUGGCGAGCAUGGUACUUGAGGAAUGAGGUGAUUCACGGUAAAGGCAAGGCUUCAGUAAGAGCAAGUGCAGUUUUUCUUUCUAGCUACCUGGACUCCUUUGGGCGGCUGCAGCAGAAACCCGACCCAGGCAAACAAGGGUGUGAUAGUACAAAUGUUGGAUUGUCAUUUCUAGCUCACACGCCUAAUGGUUGGAACCCUCCACCUCAAGGAUGGGCAAAGCUAAAUUCAGACGCGAGCUUUGAUCCGGCAACGGGGGCAGCAACUGCGGGAUGUAUUAUUCGCAACUGUAGGGGUGAAGUUCUCUUAUCUGCUUAGAGGAAGCUUCCCAGGUGUACGGAAGCAACAGAGGCUGAAAUUCUAGCUUGUGCUGAAGUACGGAUCGCCAAGAUAUGGAUUAAUAUGCCGAUGAUUAUUGAAGGAGACUGUGCGAUCAUCUUUUCUAGCUUAUCAAGGCCUUUGAGAGAUGCUUCCAGGUUUGGUAUGCUGCUGCAGGAGGUGAAGGAAGUGGCUAUGUCUUUCCCGGGGGUUCGUUUUAGCUUAGUGAAGAGGGAGAGGAAUCGGGUUGCACAUGAAUUAGCUCAAUUAGUCAAAAAUUAUUCGGAUGAGGGGUUGUUACGCCUAGAUGUGCCCCCUCAGUUUGCUUCCUUUCUUAAUACUGAUUGUAAUUCUGAGAUCUUUUAUCAAUAAUAUCUCCCUUUUCAUCGCAAAAAAAAAGAAAAAAAGAAAAACGAUUCCAACCUUACCAAACGGCCUCAUAAAUAUCUCAUGUUUUCCUAAUUCUAUCAUAGAAAUUACGGAUCCACACAGAUUAUGUACUACUGUAGUAGUUUUCUUGCUUUUUAUGAUCAGGUAUUUCAUGCUUUUGCCUUAUGUGCAGAUGGAUUAUGGGAUGGCUUGUGCUGCUAUUAGGAGUAAUGUGAGAAGGAAUAAAAGUUCACCCUGCAGAACCAGUGACGAACUGCGCGUUUAGUAGUACGGGGCCCAUGUUUGUAAAGAUUAUUACAAUAAAACAUAACAUCUGCUGCUGGUUUGUGAACCCUUGCUUCAGAGUCUCUUGAGCUGUAGCUGACUUGUAUAAUGUUGUGGUCUGAUGAAAUUGCGCAGAAUUGCUUAUAUGAUAAAUAAAUUUUUCCCAUGUUUUUAGUUUUCACUUGAUGAAAACCAGGGAAAAUGGCUUAAAACAAUUAACAACUUGUAGCCACCUUAAAUGGGGCCUUGGGGCUUUUUUGAGCUGCUCUGUUAAAUACGGAGUAUAAUUUAAUUUGAGAUUCAAAUAAGUCUAAGUUAAGAACUCAUAAUUUAUCUGGUAGAAUCUCCAGUAGACAAUGUGUUUGUAGACUAUGUGUCUCGAAAUGAUUUAUUUGCUAGAUACUUGGUUAGAAAGUUAAGAUUACCUACACUGCAAAAAUAAAUACUCCGUACUAUUUUAAUAUUGCAGCUACGAACUCAUUUUCUCUGGGUUCUCUUUAAUUUUUGAUGGCCAU